CACCACACGAAGCACCCAGAACUUUCCCCGGGCCCCAUUUGCAGUGCCCUCCUCAGGAUCCUCAGGAGCAAGUCUCAUCAUCAUUUCCCAAAAGUCCGAGACCCCUUAAGCAAACAUCCAUCAACCGGCCACCCGCCGCACCGCACCACGGUCGAGCGCACAUCCAAACCUAAUAUGGCAGGAUUGGUUCGCCGCUUAUUCCGGAAGAGGCAAAGACAACUGCCCAUCUCUUCCACAGAUCCCCUCUCUGUCGAAAAUUCCAUCCCAGAUAAACUUCGACGCUAG